AUGGCAGGACAUUCACAUAGAUCUUCGAUCAAGAACGGCCACAAGGGUUUCAAGUCCAGACACUCAUCGAAGGGUGCGCUGAAAAGGUUGUACAAGGGAAAGGUCGAAAAGGCUGGCGCUGAAAAGAAUGAUAAUGGUAGUUCGAAGAGCAAUAGAGUUUUAACCAAAUUGCAGCGUAAAAAUGCAGCAAAACAGUUGAGAGAUCAAAAGAUGGCCAGCACGAUGGAAAUGAAAAAAUUGUUCGAGGGCAGUAAUGGGGCAGAGAAAAUCGUGACUAUUAUACCGCUGGCAAGCGAUGUGUCAGCUGCUGAUAUCUUGAAAGGACUGGUCUCGUCAGUAGAGUCCGAGGCGGAAGACGAUACUGGACUGGUGGAGGCGCCAUUUGUGAAAGACGUCCAUAUUAAGAGUUUCAAAAGCAAUUUGAAGAUCAUCAGUCCCGAUAUGGGUAAUUUUAUGAAUAUUCUAGAUAGUGCCAAGGUGGCAGACUUUGUUGUGUUUGGUCUGAGCGGGACCAGUGAAGUGGAUCCUGAAUACGGCGAACAGAUAAUUAGAGCUUUGGAGCUGCAAGGUAUAGCGUCGUACAUGGGGGUGGUUACUAACUUAUCAGCAGUGCAUGCUAAGGAAAAGUUCCAGCUGGACGUAAAGCAAUCAUUGGAAAGUUACUUUAGGCACUUUUUUCCCAGCGAACAACGAAUCUAUAAUUUAGAGAAGCCGUCAGAUUCUGCAAAUGCACUCAGAACCUUGUGUCAAAAAUUUCCACGAGGUAUACAGUGGCGAGAUAAUAGAGGUUACAUGGUUGCAAACAAAGUGGAUUUCAUUGAAAGAGAUGCUGAUUUCGGUGAACUAGUGAUAGAGGGAACGGUGCGAGGAAUUGGAUUUCACGCAAACAGGCUAGUCCAUAUUCCUGAUAUGGGAGAUUUCCAGAUAUCACGUAUAGAAAGGACUGCGUGCUCUAUGAGAAGGAAGAAAGGAGUAAGCGACGGGCUGUCUGCGCUAGACGAUGAGCUGCACAACAAUUUUGAGUCGAAUCAAGAUAGAGAGACGUUGGAGGAAUUUGCACCCAACGACGCGGAGAUGGAGCAAAUGCCUCAGGGCGAAUUUGAGUACGAAAAUCUAGAGGCUGCAAGAUACGACGAUCAUGGAUUCUUGCCGGGCAGAGAGCAGCAUACCAAUGGAGUAAAAGUACCUAAGGGUACGUCAGAAUAUCAAGCUAAGUGGUACCUUGAUGAUACUGUACCCAUGGAUGAUGAAAUUGAAGACUAUCGAACCAUCGGAGGGGAGAUCGAUGAGGCUGAUAAUGAAGAUAUGGAUCUCGACUUGCAGGACGCUGAAGAAGAGACUAUAGAGGACAAUGAACAGACGGCUAAUGAACCAAUGUUCGUCGAUCUGUCAGCUGAGGAAGAAGCGCGGCAAUUAAGCGAGUAUAGAGCAUUGGAGAAAGAAGAUAGAGAGUUUCCAGAUGAGAUCGAACUGGAGCCGACCGAGUCAGCCAUAGAACGUUUGAGGAGAUACAGAGGACUCAAAAACCUACACAACUGUAAUUGGGAGGUCGACGAAAAAGAUCCACAGGCCCCGCCAGAAUGGGGCCGGUUACUGAGAAUCUCAAACUAUAGGAAUACUCGUGCUAAGAUUUUAAAAGAGGCCAGAAACGAAGCACAAGUUGUCGCUGGAGAUAGAAUAAAAUUAUACCUGAAGUUUCCUAAAAGACUUUUGGAGACUAUCAGACAUCCGAAUCAGACUGCGCUGGCUGUUUACGGUUUGUUAGCUCAUGAGCACAAGAACGCCAUGGUAAACCUGUCAAUUCAGAGAUGGGAAGAGUAUGACAAGCCCGUUCCCUCUGAAGAGCCAUUAUUGGUCCAAUAUGGCGCCAGAAGAUACAGAACCCUACCACUAUUCUCUUCGGCCUCGAACAGUCCCAACAAUGUGCAUAAAUUCGAGAGCUUUCUGCAACCAGACACUCUCUCAAUUGCAACUUUUUUCGCACCGGUGGAUUUUACCCAAUCCCCUGCUAUUUACUUUAAAGAGUCGGCAACGGAUCCUAAAGGUCUGGAGUUGGUUGGUCAUGGCUCCUUCCUGAACGCUGAUCACACAAGAAUAUUGGCCAAGCGUGUUAUCUUGACCGGUCACCCAUUCAGGUUCCACAAGUCCGUCGUUACAGUUCGCUACAUGUUUUUCCACCCAGAAGACAUCGAGUGGUUCAAGUCCAUUCCACUAUUUACCAAGAGUGGAAGAACUGGUUUUAUCAAGGAAAGUUUGGGUACUCACGGCUACUACAAGGCAACAUUUGAUGGCAGGCUGUCUGCUCAAGAUGUGGUUGCGAUGUCUUUAUAUAAGCGUAAAUGGCCUAGGAUUGCACAGCCAUUGUUGAACAUGUAG